UUGUGUGUGUGCUGUGUGUAUUUCUAUCUCCGGACUACUUUGUACAAAUUACGAUUGUGUAUUUUUAUACAAAUUUGAUCAUUUACGAUCGUCGCAUUUCAGUCAUAAUGGCUCUCUGUGUUUGUAAAUGCCUAAAUGUAACAUUAGGAAGUGAUAAAGUAGAAGAUAAUGUAGAUAUAAAAAAAUUGGAGUUAUCACCCACGGAACAAAGGGAUAUCUUUUUCAGUGAGAAAUUGGUUUCAACGCCAUUGAAUUCUCUGAAGAGUCAAGUGGUGCAACCAGCCCUGGUGUGCCAGCGAGCCGUGGGCCGUUGGACGCUGCACUCCUGCCUGGCCUGCGGGCUGGUCACGCACGCCAUCUCACAGGACAGGCCUAGUACUGUUCUCAUUCCCAAAGCCACACAAACCACACAAGAGAAAAUAAAUAAUCUUAAGAAGACAAGCAAUUUUUCUCCAGUUUUUAAUUUACUUGUGCCAGAAGUGACUAGCUUGGACAUGAAAGAGAAUGUGGACACAAACAAUAUAGUUAAUGAUAAGAAAGGCUGGCAGCCGGCACAGCAGGCCAUCGGCACGCUGAGCAAGCAGCUCACGCAGACCCUGCAGUCGCAGCUUGAAGCCAUUGAGGAUACUGUCAGGCAGUUCCGAGACCAAAAGUAUGCCGAGUUUGAAGCAUACAAAGACAGAGCACAAAGGGAUCACAAGAUAUUAGCUAGUAUAGUAAGCAAAACCCGAGACAGCCUGAACGGAGACGGCUUCCGGGUGGACACUUCCCUCGACAAUGGACCCCCUUCGCCACAACUACCUCCACUUCAGAGAAGAAGACUGUCUUCAUUCAAAGAUGCCAAAAAAACAUCACAGAAUAUUGUUAAGCACAACAGGGACCUUCCCCCAGAAGAAGAUUCGCUGGAAGCAGAAGAUAUCUUCGACAUAGAAGGGAUGGACUCGCACAACCACAUGAUCUCAGACCAGGAUGACUACGACGAUUCUGAUGUGGACGUCAGCAACGACGAAGGCAUCCACAUUGUGCGCGGGCGUGGCGCCGCUAACCUCGACCUGGCGCGCUCGCUGCCCAUCAACGUGCCCGUGUUCCCCGCCGAGCGCGCGGCCCGGGAGACCGACACCGACGAGGAGCCGCACGACAUCGCGGCGAGCAUCAAGGCGCUGGCGCGCUCCGUGCACGGCGACGUGUUCGAGCUGCCGCGCCCGCGCUUCAGCACGCAGAUCUAACACGCGCCACCUCACACCCCCCA